UUAACGCUACGAAAACAUGGCGAGUUUUGAAUUGAAAUUUAUUAUUAAACAUUAAAUUUAAAAAUGAAAUAAUUAUAAUUUUUUUAAUAAAUUCAAUCAUUGAAAUAAGCGUGUCAUCAUUAGAAAUAUAUCAAGAGUUUUUUACAUCAUAAAAGACUAUUAAUUACUUGAAGAAAAAAAACGUGUAAGCCUUACAUAACCUAAAGAGAAAAAAACAUCAAGAAAAUAUUAUCAAAAACAAUAAUAAUUAAUUGCUAGAAAUAUUGAUAAUAUAAAAAAUGAAUAAAAUAAGUAUAACAUCAUUAGGAUUAGUAGCUGGUUUAAUAGGAAUGGCAAUUCCAGGUGCUGGAUUUACAACAAGAUGGUUAAUGCAAGAAAAACUUAAAAAAUCAAAAUCAUAUUGUGAAACAAUUGAGUGUUUAACAUCAAAUCAAGAUGCAAAAAAAUUAUUGGGUGAACCAAUUGAACCAGGAAGAAUAGACAUUGGUGAUAAUGAUGCUUGUGGUCGAAAAGAUAAUGUUAAAUGGUUUACAAUUCCAGUAAAAGGUUCUAUAACAACUGGAAAAGUUAGAUACUGGAUCAUCAUAACUGAUGCAGAAAAAAAUGAAUUUUAUGUUCCAAAAAUUGAGCUAAGAGUUGAUGAUAAAAAUGAAACAUCAGUUAUAAUUAAAAAUCUUCAUGAUAAAAAAAAUAUUAAUAAAUAA